AUGGCCGCCCGGGGCCACGUCUGGAGGCUAACCGAGGCCGCCGCGGCGCUGCGCGCGGUGUACGAGAUAGAAGACGAGGAGAUGUGCUUCGAGGGCCCGCUCAACGAUGCUCUCCUCGGCCUCCAGGAGCUCUUCGAGGCGCUACUCCUCAGGCUGAAACACCCGGCACCCGUGGACAACGACGUCGCCGGCGCCGAGGGAGGCACGGCCGGGUAUGAGCUAGGCACUAACGACGAGGUGGAGGCCGCCGCAAGGAUGGCCUGGAGGCUCACCGACAACGACUGCUUGGACAUCUGCCUCGACAUCUAUGUCAUGACGAGGUAUAGGAGAGCGACCAAGGCGAUGAUGCGGCUCAAGCUGGUGUACCUCAAGUCGUACACCCCGGACGAGAUCGACGCCAUGGAGUGGGAGUCGCUGGAGUCGGCCAUGGCUCUAUGGAGCCCGCAUUUCCAUGUGGCUAUCGCCUCCGUGCUCAUCGUGGAGCGCCGACUCUGCAUGCGCAUGCUUGAGCCCCUGCCAUGA